GUCCACCCUAGCACGCGUCAUUCGAGCACGGGACUCGCCAAAGGCCCUUCGCAUUUGUGGAGAACCAAAAGCUGCUUCGGUCACAGAACAUGGCAUCUCAGGUGCACGAAUUUCACGUGGAAAUGACCUGCGAGGGUUGUUCUGGCGCCGUGCAGCGAGUUCUCGGAAAGCUAGCAGACCAAGGCGUAAACAAGGUUGACAUCGACUUGAAGGAGCAGCGGGUCUUUGUCGAUUCAACCUUGAGUUGUGAACAGCUGCUUGAAGUUCUAAAGAAAGCUGGCAAGACUUGCUCGUACGUUGGUGUGAAGAAGUAGGAGGGUCCACGGCCACAGUGGUGGGCUGUCGAGUUGCAGCGAAGCGACUGACAGCCGUUGCCAUGUGUUGACCAGAGCCUUUGUCAACUGUUCGCGAGCGUUUGUCUUACUCUCAUAAUGUAUAAACCAGUGAGCUUUUGAUUACCUACCCAGUUCCUAAGCUGCUAUGGCCUGUUUUCGGUGUAUCGAUUUGUGUUUCGACUAAUUAUCCUGCUUUAUGUUAACUUCCUCUCGCUUGUAGAUGUUUUAAGAAAUAAACGUACCUGUACAUUU